AUGACGAUCACUCUCCCUCGGCAACCAAAUGCAUCGACGGCGGGCUACCUUGCGAAAAAGACCACCACUACAUUGAGCACAGCCAACAGCCGCGUUCCCUUUCAGGAGGUCGCGAUCAACCGAAACCGAAAACUAUUCUCGCCGUCCCUCGAACAAGGAAACAAGAAGCGCUUCAAAUCCUCUCGCUCCGAUCUCUCAGUCAAGCCUCAGGCUCGACCCUUGCAAUCACGACCCUUUCAAGCAAAGCCAUCAUCUCGCUCCCAUCUCUCAGCCAAGCCUCAGGCUCGACCCUUGCAAUCACGACCUUUUCGAGCAAAGCCCAUCGCCGACAUUGACAAGGACGACCAAACGGAUCCAUUAGGUCUAGCGGCUACGGUCUACGCCAAAGAAAUCUUCCAGAAUCUUCGCGAGCGGGAGGUGACACUAGCACCCAAUCCCAACUAUUUGAGCUCCGGUCAACCCAAGAUCUGCGCCGAGAUGCUGUCUAUUCUCAUUGACUGGCUCAUUUCGGUGCAUGAACGAAAAAGUAACAAAAGCGGAUUAGAGGGCGGAUACUCCCCCGAGACAAUCUAUUUGACCUCGAAUAUUCUGCAUCGCUUUCUUUCCUCCGUUGAUAUAGAGAGAGAGGAAUUGCAGCUUGUCGGUGUGACAGCCUUUUUCAUUGCCUCCAAGUACGAAGACAUCUACCCUCCAAGUCUCAAGGAGCUUUGCUGCCUCUGCGAUGACUUCUACACGGAGCAACAGCUCCUCGAUAUGGAAGUAGUCAUCUUGAAGACUCUUGAGUAUCGAGUAAGCGCCCCCACUUCUCUGAACUUCUUGGAGCGAUUCUUGAAGGCCUCGAAAGCCGACAGCGAGAUGAAGAGCGUUGCCUGUUACAUGUUGGAUGGAACCCUUCUCAGCUACGAGCUACUUCAAUACCGUCCAAGUGAGCUUGCCGCGGCAGCUGUUUUUAUUGCCCGAAGCAACAACACGUCAACUUGGAACCGCACCAUGGAAUUCUACACUGGAUUCAACAAGUCAAAGGUCCAGUCGGUGGCCAAGACAGUGGUGAAAAUGUUUCGCGGAACUCCACUUCGCGCUGUCCACAAUAAGUAUGCACGCAGUCGUCAUGGAAAAGUGUCUUUGAGCUUCGACUUCGACUCGCUAUGCUUCGUCAACAGUGGAGGUGACUGGUAA